AUGAACAACUAUGGCCUUGUGUGUAUCAUCUACCUCACCUUCGGGGCCUUCUUCUACGGCUAUGACUCUGGGCUGACCACCUCCGUCAUUGGCUACCCUCGAUUCAUCGAGUACUUUGGAUUUGAUGCCACGCUCAUCGGCGUGCUCGGGUCGAUCUACUACUCGGGCCUCUUCCUCGGCGGCCUGGCCAUGCUCUACGUCCCCAACAAGAUCGGAAGGCUUCGGACAAUCAUCCUCGCCAGCGUUAUUGCUCUGGCCGGCAACGCCAUGCAGGCCGGCGCCCAAAGCCUCGCCGUCUUGCUGGUAGGACGUGGCGUCGGUGGAUUUGCGGGUGGCUUGGUCUAUGCUGUCUGUCCCACCUAUGCCGCUGAGAUCGCUCCGCCGAAUGUCCGAGGACGGAUAGGUGGCUUAUAUGCCAUCAAUAUCUCCUUGGCGUAUGCCAUUACAGAAUGGAUGGGCCUUGGGUUCUCCUAUAUCGAAAGCGAUGCGGCCUGGCGUGUGUUCUUCGGGCUCCAGGUCCUCCCGCCCAUCAUCAUGCUUCUCGGAGCAAUCUGGAUGCCUGAGAGUCCGCGCUGGCUGAUCAUGAAGGGUCGACACGAAGAAGCUCUGGUGAUCCUGCGCCGCAUGCACCAGACCUCGGACGACGACACAUUCUUCAUGGGCGAAUUCAACCAGAUCCGUGCGCAGCUCGAGCUCGAGGCGGACCAGAAGGUCAAUCUUCUGACGAUCCUCAAGCGUCCCUCCUACCGCAAACGCCUCUAUAUCGCCUUCAUCCUGGUGACCGGGCAGCAGCUGACCGGCGUCAUCCCGCUGCAGAACUACCAGGUCAUCGUCUACGGCAGCCUGGGCGUCGCGGGCAAGCUGCCCCUCGUCCUCGUCGGCAUCUGGGGCACGGUGGGAGUGUGCUGCAACAUCCCGGGCGCGUGGUACUUCGACCGCUGGGGCCGGCGGAGAGUGAUGUUGAUCUCGCUGGGCAUCAUCAUCCCGGCGUCCGUGCUUCUGUGCGCCUUCUGGGCCACCUUCCAGAACACGAACAACACGAACAAGACGUACGGCAUCUUGGCCGUCGUGGCCAUGUUCCUCUUCCUCGUCGGAUACGCCGUUAUCUUCAAUUCUUUUGUGUUUACGUACAUUCCGGAAAUCCUGCCGACGCCGGUGCGAGCCGCCCUGGGAGGCACCAUCACCGCCUGGGGCAGUGCGUUCGUCAUCCUCCUCGUCCAGGUCACGCCGAUCGCGAUUGAGCACAUCAGCUGGAAGUACUUCAUGAUCUUUGUGAUUUGCACGGCCGUGUACGCGGUAGUCUUUUACUUCUACUUCCCCGAGACAGCCAACAAGACACUCGAAGAGGUCGGGGAGCUUUUCGGAGAUCCUGUGGCGCUUCACAUCGAAGACGCCGCACGACAGGCGGAGCUGGAUCCGGUCUCUUACUUGAAACAGCACGAGAAGGAUAGUGCAAUCGAGCAGAUUGAAGGCGUCUCUUGA